GGACGAUACAGUGCACAGGAGAACAAACAACUCAUGAGUAACAUAAACGACUUCCUGGCUCUCACAGGGAUUGAGAAUGCCGCUAAGCUCUUCCAUACUGCGCGCUACAAAGAUGAAUUAACAAAUAUCCAGAAGUUGAAGAGUCAUCACAGAUUCCCUGAAAGAAUAGCUGAAGGAAUCCCAAGGCCUUGGCAUAGGAUCUAUAGUCGUGGUGGGAGGAAAAUGUUUGAUGGCAGCAGUUACAAGGGCAGACGACGGUUUAGCCAAGAUGAACUUGCCUCUUUGAAAAAACUGCAGAUGUUGUACGGCAACAAAUGGGUGAAGAUCUCGCAGUUGACUGGCCGAAGCGAAGUACCCCUUAUGAGACGUUUUUCUCAGAUGUACGCAAACUUAGGUUCUUGGAGCGAGGAAGAACUGAAGAGACUAAUGGAAGCUGUGCGAGACCACCUGCUGGGAAAAGUGGAGCCUGGCAGUGGACCUGCCACCAUCAGGAAAGACAAGCUGUACAACAACAUCCCCUGGACAGAUAUAUGCCGGAGGGUUAAGACACGUCACCGGGUCCAGUGUAGAAUGAAAUGGUUGGGUUUUGUGGCACACAAAAUGGCAUUUGGACAACCAGCAUUCAGUGGAGGUGUAAAAACCUUAAAGGCAAAAGUGGAUUUGAUCAAAGCGUUGAACACAAUGCAGGUGAAGAUGCUGUAUAUUGUUGACUGGAAGAAAACAAUUGGGUAA